UCGAGGCAAAGACUCAGCAAAGUUUCUCUAGUUUCCUAGAAGAACGCUUCUUCCGGCCGCUCGGUAUGAAAUCAACUAGCGUCCAGCCCACAAGAGCUCGGGUAAAGGGGUUCGCAGACCGCAUAGCCACUGGAUACUAUUGGAACAAGGAGAAGUCGUCAUAUAAAGGGUUCCCUCCCCAAGAUUGUCCAGAGGGAGAGGGAGACUACCAAGAAAUUUUAAACGAGUUGAUUUGGUUUGAGUUUAUGCCUAAGGGAAAGGAUUGAUGUAUUUAUUUCUCCUACGCCCCGUCAA